AUGACGUCCUACCGACAGGAGCUGGAGAAGUACCGGGACAUCGACGAGGACAAGAUCCUGCAGGAGCUGUCAGCCGAGGAGCUGGCGCAGCUGGACAUGGAGCUGCUGGAGAUGGACCCUGAGAAUGUGCUGCUGCCAGCGGGGCUGCGGCAGCGGGACCAGACGCAGAAGAGCCCAACGGGGCCGCUGGACCGGGAGGCCCUGCUGCAGCACCUGGAGAAGCAGGCGCUGGAGGCCGGCGAGCGCGACGACCUGGUGCCCUUCACCGGCGAGAAGAAAGGGAAGCCCUUCGUGCCCAAGAACCCAACACGGGAGAUCCCGCGGGAGGAGCAGAUCACGCUGGAGCCUGAGCUGGAGGAGGCGCUGGCCAACGCCACCGAGGCCGAGAUGUGCGACAUCGCCGCCAUCCUGGGCAUGUACACGCUGAUGAGCAACAAGCAGUACUACGACGCGAUCUGCAGCGGGACCAUCUCCAACACGGAGGGCAUCAACAGCGUGGUGAAGCCCGACACGUACAAGCCGGUGCCGGAUGAGCCCCCGAAUCCCACCAACGUGGAGGAGACGCUGCAGCAGAUCCAGGCCAACGAUGGGGCUCUGGAGGACGUCAACCUCAACAACAUCAAGGACAUUCCCAUCUCCACGCUGAAGGCCAUCUGCGAGGCCAUGAAAACCAACACCCACGUCAAGAAGCUCAGCCUGGUCGCCACCCGCAGCAACGACCCCGUGGCCAGCGCCGUGGCCGAGAUGCUGAUGGAGAACAAGACCCUGCAGAGCCUCAACAUCGAGUCCAACUUCAUCACCAGUGCCGGCAUGAUGAGCAUCAUCAAGGCCAUGUACCACAACACCACGCUGAGCGAGCUCAAGGUGGACAACCAGUGCCAGCGGCUGGGCGACACGGUGGAGAUGGAGAUGGCCACCAUGCUGGAGCAGUGCCCCUCCGUCGUGCGCUUCGGCUACCACUUCACGCAGCAAGGCCCCCGCGCCCGCGCCGCCAUCGCCAUCACCAACAACAACGAGCUCCGUCGCAAGCAGAAGAAAACCUAACACACCCCCUG